AUCCUGGCUUCAGCAACACAAUCUAUGACCCGAUGAAAUACUCCAAUCCCUACAUGCUUGUCUAUAUACGUGAAAGUGACAAGGAGAAAAUAGUUUGUAACGUGGAUGAGGAGGACAUUGCUAAACACCUUAGGGUAAGAUACUCGUUGUGGAAGAAAGAACAGGAAGAAAAGGAGCACAAGAAGAGGGAAAAGGCAGAGGGUCAUUUUUAUACAAUCAUAAAGGUUGCACAAGAUGCGGAUCUCAUUAUGCAGAUUGCGAGGGAUAUUUAUUUUGAUCUUGUGGAUCAUGAUAAAGUCAAGUGCUUCCGUAUUCCAAAACAAAUUCCUUUUAUCAUUUUCAAGGUAUACAGUAAGUGUUUGCAUUGUAUCUCAGGAAGUUUAGCCUCUAGGUACAGCGCUUUGUUGAGUUGAUAUACUAGUUCUUGUUGAAAUAAUGUUGGGGGCUUUUUUUCUA